CCCCGGCUGGGCGACGCGGGCACUAUGGGGCUCCCCGCGCUCGAAUUCAGCGACUGCUGCCUCGACAGCCCGCACUUCCGAGAGACGCUCAAGUCGCACGAAGCGGAGCUGGACAAGACCAACAAAUUCAUCAAGGAGCUCAUCAAGGACGGGAAGUCACUCAUCAGCGCGCUCAGGAAUUUGUCUUUGGCGAAGAGGAAAUUUGCCGAUUCCUUAAAUGAAUUCAAAUUUCAGUGCAUAGGAGAUGCAGAAACAGAUGAUGAAAUGUGUAUAGCAAGGUCUUUGCAGGAGUUUGCCACUGUCCUCAGGAAUCUUGAAGAUGAGCGGAUACGGAUGAUUGAGAAUGCCAGCGAGGUGCUCAUCACUCCCUUGGAGAAGUUUCGAAAGGAGCAGAUUGGGGCUGCCAAGGAAGCCAAGAAAAAGUAUGACAAGGAGACAGAAAAGUAUUGUGGCAUCUUAGAAAAACACCUAAAUUUGUCUUCCAAGAAGAAAGAGUCUCAGCUUCAGGAGGCAGACAGCCAAGUAGACUUGGUCCGGCAGCAUUUCUAUGAAGUAUCGCUGGAGUAUGUCUUCAAGGUGCAGGAAGUCCAAGAGAGAAAGAUGUUUGAGUUCGUGGAACCUCUACUGGCAUUCUUGCAAGGACUCUUCACUUUCUAUCACCAUGGUUAUGAACUGGCCAAGGAUUUCAGUGACUUCAAGACUGAGUUGACCAUUAGCAUACAGAACACAAGAAAUCGCUUUGAAGGCACCAGGUCAGAAGUGGAAUCACUGAUGAAAAAGAUGAAGGAGAAUCCCCUCGAGCAUAAGACCAUCAGUCCCUACACCAUGGAAGGGUACCUGUACGUUCAGGAGAAACGUCACUUUGGAACUUCUUGGGUGAAGCACUACUGUACAUAUCAACGGGAUUCCAAACAAAUCACCAUGGUACCAUUUGACCAAAAGUCAGGAGGAAAGGGGGGAGAAGAUGAAUCCGUCACCCUGAAAUCCUGCACCCGGCGGAAAACAGACUCUAUCGAGAAGAGGUUUUGCUUUGACGUAGAAGCAGUAGACAGGCCAGGGGUUAUCACCAUGCAGGCGUUGUCGGAAGAGGACCGGAGGCUCUGGAUGGAAGCCAUGGAUGGCCGGGAGCCUGUCUACAAUUCGAACAAAGACAGUCAGAGUGAAGGAACUGCACAGUUGGACAGCAUUGGCUUCAGCAUAAUCAGGAAAUGCAUCCACGCUGUGGAAACCAGAGGGAUCAAUGAGCAAGGGCUCUACCGAAUCGUGGGGGUCAAUUCCAGAGUGCAGAAGCUACUCAGUGUCCUGAUGGACCCCAAAACAGCUUCUGAAACAGAGACCGAUAUCUGUGCUGAAUGGGAGAUAAAGACGAUCACUAGUGCUUUGAAGACCUACCUAAGAAUGCUUCCAGGACCACUCAUGAUGUACCAGUUUCAAAGAAGUUUCAUCAAAGCAGCAAAGUUGGAAAACCAGGAGUCUCGGGUCUCUGAAAUCCACAGCCUUGUUCAUCGGCUCCCAGAGAAAAAUAGGCAGAUGUUACAGCUGCUUAUGAACCACUUGGCAAAUGUUGCUAACAACCACAAGCAGAAUCUGAUGACAGUGGCAAACCUUGGCGUGGUGUUUGGACCCACCCUGCUGCGUCCUCAGGAAGAAACAGUAGCAGCCAUCAUGGACAUCAAGUUUCAGAACAUUGUUAUUGAGAUCCUAAUAGAAAAUCACGAAAAGAUAUUUAACACCGUGCCUGAUACACCUCUCACCAAUGCCCAGCUGCACCUGUCCCGGAAGAAGAGCAAUGACUCCAAGCCCCCUUCCUGCAGCGAGAGGCCCCUGACGCUCUUCCACGCCAUGCAGUCAGCAGAAAAACAGGAACAAAGAAACAGCAUCAUCAACUCCAGUUUGGAAUCUGUCGUCUCAUCAAAUGCAAAUAGCAUCCUUAAUUCCAGCAGCAGCUUGCAGCCCAACAUGAACUCCAGUGACCCGGACCUGGAUGUGCUCAAACCCACCCGGCCCAACUCACUCCCCCCGAAUCCAAGCCCAACUUCACCCCUCUCGCCAUCUUGGCCCAUGUUCUCGGCGCCAUCCAGCCCUAUGCCCACCUCAUCCACGUCCAGCGACUCAUCCCCCAUCAGCACACCGUUCCGGAAGGCAAAAGCCUUAUAUGCCUGCAAAGCUGAACAUGACUCAGAACUCUCGUUCACAGCAGGCACGGUCUUCGACAAUGUUCAUCCAUCUCAGGAGCCUGGCUGGUUGGAGGGGACUCUCAACGGGAAGACUGGCCUCAUACCUGAGAACUACGUGGAGUUCCUCUAACCGUGGGCCCCAGCAGACCUGCUGAGCUUUCCAUUGUAUCCAUGACAACUGCUGAUGCCAGUGUUGUAGGCCAUUUCUCUUUGCCGCUGAGAAAUGCGGGGUGAUUGACUCUGUUACCACCUGCCAACACAAAUGUUUCUGUGAACUCUGGUGUCACCCAUCCCCAUGAUCAUGUCAACUGGCAUGUGGUGAUACAGCAAGGAACAGAAGUAAAUCAGCAGUGGAGGCCAUUUGAUUUUGAUAACCGAGGGAAAGGCUUGCAAAGCCAUUCCUCUCAUUUAGUGCCCUAAAUAGGGAGCAUUCAUUUUGUUUCAACAGUCAUCCAAACCCCCAAACUUCCAAAAAAGGAAGUAAGAAAGAUAUAAGUAGUCCUCAAGAGCAUGCAGGGAAGCUAGGUCUAACAGGGCUGGGCAUUGGCUCUGAGGCCCAGGCUGGGCCCGUGGCUUCUGUUUACAGUAGACACUCUCUCUACCCCACCUCUAAAUACUUGAGACCCACAGUGCUACAGGCAGCUGGGUCUGUCUGUUUGCAUGCAGGAGGGAGAUGGUUUACGGCACUGUUUACAUAAGAUGCAAUCUCUCGCCAUCUCCAAGCAGCCUUGGCCAAGCAUCAGCAGAAUUCAGCUCAGUCCUCCCGUGCAAGGGAACACACACACCCCACAUUACCCCUCCCAAGCUAGGAACUUUUCUGCCACCCAGGGCUGCCAUCACCUCGUAACCACGGCAACCCAACCUACUCUGAAGCCAAACCAAAAAUAUAGCACUCUUUUUGCAUGACAUAUUUUUUCUCCCUCCUUUUUGGCCAUUUUUGAAUGAUUUUCCAACAACCUGAAGCAGCAGAUCAAGGGAUUAGAGUGGUCUGCUUGGGGCUGACAGAAUAGCAGCUGGGAACUCUUCCCUUUCUGAUGAAUUUCAGCAGCAUCAGGAUAUAUUUGGAGCAAACUCUAGUAACCUCUUGAGAUUAAAUUACAUACAGGCUUAAUACUCCUGUUCUUCCAUACAACUAGCAUUUGCUUUCUAGGGGGCAAUAUGCUGCCUCCUCAUGGGUGACAUCCUCUCCCCCCUUUGAAUUGUUCACUCGUGGUCUCCCGUUCCGUGUCCCUUCCCCUGCCCUUGACUGCCUCUAGCCCCUCCCUGACCAGCCCCACUGGCAGUGCCCUGGGCUGCUGAGCACUGGUGCCCCGGCGGCUUUCAAGGAUGAUUCCCGGGCUAACCCUAUGGCCUGUAGUUUUAAAGGACAUAUAUGUUCACUGCCACUCAGAAAAAGGGAAUUGUUUCUCAGGCUUUUGAGGCACAAGACUAAUAUUGUAAGCCAUUUUGAUUCAGGAGAAUACCAAAAGGCUGGGGCAUGGAAGGUGGAAUGGGUACCUUCUGAGAAAGAGAAUUUCCCUGUCCAGAAGGGGCCAGGUCUUGUGGAAGACUGCCUGGGGGAGGUUGGGUCUGGACAUUUCACAUUCACUUGGUCUUCAAAGGAACAGAGUUCCCAGUAUCUUCCACAUUCGAAUGUCCUUGCAAGAGUGACUCUGGGCAGACAGACUCCAAACUGGUGUUGGACUGUCAAGCUCCCCAGGAGCCCUCUCGGGUUGGCAGCAUCACCCCAGAGUGUUUCCCACUUCUGGAAUUCCUCUUUAGGGAAGUUGAAAGAAGAAAAGAAAAACUUGAAUUGUGUUGAAUUACUGUAUCUUUUACUUUUUUUUUUGAAAAGAUAAACUUGUAAAUAGAGUGAUUUGAAAUAUAUGGCAAAGUUUUAUAUUUGAUAAUCUUUAAGCUAGUAGCUCCACACAUUUAAGCUUUGGUUGUUGAGUAGGUGUGUGUAAGAGGGAGAGAGAGGAGGCGAGGUUGAAGAGGGUCAGGGUCGUCCCCUCUCUGGCUUCGAGGAAGGAGGACACAUUUACCCACUCUCUGCUGGCUCUCGCUGGCGGGCAUGACACACUGAUGGUAUUCGGUUGUCUUUAGCCACAUGUGUUUUUGAACUUUCCUUGGGCUUUGAAUUUGGAGAGAGAAAGCAUUUUCAGGCAAUGAAUUUUUAAAAGAACGCUUGCUUGGUAGUAAGAUGAAGCUCAGGAUUCCCAUAGGUGGGGCCAGGAGUUAGAUUUUUUUUUUUUUUUCAUUUUUCUUCUCAGGUGUAUUUCUUGGUACCCCAAUAUGUCAGGACGGAAGGCAACGGGGCCGUCGCAUGUUCCUCAUAUCUCACUACUCUGCACAUCUUCUGAGGUUGUACACAUGAGGCCGAGCUAUUUUGUAAAUGGUGUGUGUGUGUCUAAGUUGUAGGAAAAACUGGCUUCUUAGGAUCUUGGGUCCUCAGUAUGCUGCUGUUUUCCCUUUCCCUAAAUAUUUCCCUUCUUGUUCAUCUCAAAUUUCCUAUAACCCCAAAAUAAAAACUCCAAAGAGGGACGUAGGAUGUAGGCUGUGCUGUUGUUACAGCUUUAUAGAUAAUUUUAAAUUUAAAGGAGUUUGUCGUUGUGAUUCAGUUCAUCAGCUCAAGGAUUACACAGCUAUUAUGGAACAGCUCAACCAACAGCAAGCGAGACACUACCACUACCAAUUCAGGGAAUGAGAACUAAGACUGGAUAAGACCAAGAUAGGACUCAGGAAAGCUAUUCACUGAAAACUCGAGAAGAAGGAGAACACACCAACUGGCUACACUUACUCCCUGUAGACUUGGAACAGCUCAGGAACCUGUUCAGUGGAGCUUGAGGGGACAAGCAUGUUCUGUGCCACUGUGCUUUCUAAAUGGCAAGAACUCCACAUAAUGGGUUUUUAUUGUUGUUGUUUUUUUUUAACACAUUUGAUGUUUUAAAUUGUCACCUGCCUCACUGGACCCUUAACUAGAGCUAACGUGGAGGAGCAGAAGGCCCAGGCCCUGAUUUGGGGAGCUCCUCCCUGAAACAUAGCUGUCGACACUUGGCCCCAGCUUGACCACUUGGAAGGCUGUCCCUCCCUCUUCAGUUGGCCCUGAUUUGAAGCCGGAAGGAAAUGGUAGUGUCGCCAAUGUGAAUUUGUAGGUAGACCCCUUCCCAGCUUCCCUGUGGUCAUGCUGGGCCUGUGACAGAUGGCUGCCCUGCUUCCUUUCCCCAGCCAGGCUCACCUCCUCCUCAUUUGCUGCAGAACUGGAGAUACCGUUAACAAUAUGAGCCAACAAAUAGGGAAGGAAUUUGACCACUAAAAGUCGGUUUUACCCUCUCUACCGUCUAUGCCCCCCACCCCUAAUUCUGCUUGAAUAGGGAACUUUACGGCACAUUAGGAGAGUGAACAAGGUAUCAGAAUGGAGGACUAUGGACCAAGAUCCCUGAGCUUUCCCAGAAACCUUGUGUUUCUUUUCUAAGGCCCUAUGAUCAUGCACACAGAACCUGAAUCUUUACUUGGGCAUGAUGAUCCAUGUCAUUCCUCCUUCAGGUACUCAAAGAAUUCCACAGCUACAGAAUUCCAUGCUGUGAAAGAUAACUAGUUUCAAAUCCCUGCCCCCAAAUCCCUUGCUCAGGACUGAUGAUAUUCUCUUCCAUUUUCAAAAAUUGACGUAUAGGGAUGGACCCUGUGUAGCACAGCCUUCCUUAGUAUCCUAUAAUUGGAGCCAGUUUCUCUCUUAGUGUUUUAAUAUCUCUACGGCCAAUAUGUGUUUACCUCUGUCAGACCAAACUGUCUUUUUCAACGUAAUUCUAGUUCAUCCCUUUUUGCUGAGUGCUUUUUAGAGAGAGAGGCAAAGAGAAAGAAGCUAAGCAAUCAAGCAUUGGCAGAUUGGCAUUAGCAGGACAGAGCCAUGCUAGUGACAAGACCAUUUCAGGCAUUCCCAGGACUGCACAAUUGUGUGUGCCAUGCCUGUAGCUCAGAGGGAAGUCCUUCUACAAACUGUGUCCCCUGACAACAGCGAGCCCAGUCACCCCAGAAGUUCUGUCUUGACUACAGAGACUACAAAAGCAUCCAUGGUUGAAGAGUGGGGAGACAGAAGUAGUCAGCUAAAGGUAAUUUGAUCCCCUAUUCAUGACUCUUUAUUGGCACUUUUCAUCCUCUGGCUUCUGCUUCCAAAAGCAAGUCUGGACCAAAGUUUUAUAAACACAGGAGUCCCAGGUACAACAGUGGCCACCAUGGCACUCACAGUCGCCCUAGUACAGAAUGUUUUAUGAGCUACCAUAUUACCACAGUAGGUAGCCAGCCUUGAAGAAAUCAAAUAGCUACCUGACUUCAAAAGGAGUGUCCUAGGUGUUCUACCUCCAGAGUUAUCUGUCAUCUCUGGCAAACCUGACAGUAAUCAAUUACCUAGACAGCCCUGCCCCACAUGUCUUUUAAGUCAACUGGGUGUCCUCUCACACACCCUUAGCUGGUGUUUGAAAAAUUUAUCUCGUGUUCAAAUGUGUUUGGCAGCCUUGCUGAUCGGCUGGGUGCUGAACCACUUCUCUGUAAUUGUAGCAUCAAAAUGACAAUAGCAGAGAAAUGAACCUUGCACAAUCCUAUAGCAUGCCUGAGACUAGACUCCAACAAGUAGUAAUUAGCUUUUUUCCUUGCGCCACCUACAGUACUUGUCUAACUAAAGAACUUCCCAAAGCAGAGAGAGAGACCAUAUAGAGAAUCCAGAUGUCAUUCAGAGCCACCAGCCCUUGCUGAAAUGUGGUCCUCUGAAGGAAGCGUUGUAUUCUGGGGUGAAAAGGUUUGGAUGUCAAGUAGCACGAGGCGCAGAGAGAAAGAAAAAUAUGAACCACCUUGAAGAACUUGGGAUGUUUUUCCUAAGAGGGAUAAAUACAGUUCUUAACAGGGAAAAAUCGGCCACAGAAGAAGUUCACAACUGAUAUUUUUACAAAAGUUUUUAGAGGACUCUACAAGGUGGAAAUGUCUUUCAAGGUUUGGAAUGCUAUAGCAAGCAAAGGCUUGGCACAGUCCUAGACCCAUAUAAGAAUAGCAGUUAAUAUUACAUGAAAAUUCUUUUGAGUGUAAUCAGAACCAGAGUAUUGAUAAUCAAAAUGUCCAGUUUCCCUGGAGUGGUCCUGGAGAGGUCAAGACAUUCUACACGUACCAUUUCUACAAAGUUGUCCCAGCAGACACCUACAAGCAACUACCUUGGGUGUCCAGGUGCCAGGAUCACCCUGGUACCUGUGGAAAGAGGUUCAUCUGAAGAUUCUAAAGUGUCUGUGUGUUAGCAUGUGUUUGUGCAUGUGUAUGUAAAGCACACAUCUGCAUCUGUAAAGACACAGAAGCUCAUAUAGAGACCCACAGAAGCUGGCAGUUGCUGAGCCUUUGCAGCCUUUAAGAUUUAGAAUUUGAGAAUAAGAGAAACGCGAGGCUGUUGAUUGGCAAAAUGAUCAAAGUUGUAAAUUAAGUGCCAUUUUAAAGCUUCGUGUUUAUCAAAUGGUUACUACAGCUGUAUUCUUUAUUAACUUAUUAAAAGUCGUGUUGGAAAACAGAUCAAACUCAUAAACCUUUAGUAGCUAAUACUAGCCUGGUGGUCACAAGCACUCUAAAAGACAUUUUGUCCAUAUUUUGGAGACGAAAAUAUUUGCAUGUUUACCUCCUAAUUUAGGCUACCUUUGAGUAUACUGUAAAGUGCUAUGUGAUAUAUUAUCAAUAAAGUACUUAAAAAUGGCACUUUAAUUUUUUUAAACCAUAAAUUAUGCACUGUUUUAAACUUCAGUAUUGAAUAUUGACUGGUGUGUAGAAUCCAACUCUGUAAUUAAAAAGUAAUUUGUGACUAGAAUAGAACUUUUUUCCCCGUUCUUAGUAAAAUAGUCUUGCCAUGAUAAGGCUGUUUUUUUAAAAUGUGCUUUUGCGUCACUAAGCAUAUCUAUAAGGAAAAUCCAGUUUCUGUUGAGUGGCCUCUGAAACUUGGCUUUGUUUCAUUUGCUUGGUUUAUGUGACAAUCCUUACGAAAUGAGUGGAAGUAUGAUUUUUGAAUUAAAUGACUUUUCCAUUUGGUGGCA